UCCUCAAAUUCUCUCUUUCUCUUUCUCUUUCUCUCUCUCUCUCUCUCCAUUUUCUGUGGUUUCAGAGUCAAUCAAAACCCUAGCCAUAGCUCUCUGAUCAAUUGAAGAAGAAGAAGAAGAAGAAGCAAAAAUCUCUAUCUUCUUCUCUAUCUCCCUGAAGAAAAAGGGGCUGAAAAAGCCAUGGCUCCAUUCAGGACGAGCUUGAAGUUGAGGUUGAGCUUGUGUGUGAUUGUGAUAUCAGUUUUUACAGUUCCAUUGGAAGUGUUUGGGAAUUCAGAAGGAGACGCACUCUACGCUCUGCGUCGGAAAUUGUCGGAUCCAGACAACGUGCUGCAGAGCUGGGAUUCCAACCUCGUCAAUCCUUGCACCUGGUUUCACAUCACCUGCAAUCAAGACAACCGCGUCACCCGCGUGGAUCUGGGCAAUUCAAACUUGUCAGGUCAUCUUGUUCCUGAACUUGGAAAGCUUGAGCAUCUGCAAUAUCUGGAGCUUUACAAAAAUAACAUUCAAGGUACAAUCCCUGUUGAGCUAGGUAACUUGAGGAGCCUAAUCAGCUUGGAUUUGUACAACAACAACAUCUCAGGGAUCAUUCCUCCUUCAUUGGGGAAGUUGGAAUCUCUAGUGUUCUUGCGUCUUAAUGAUAAUCAGUUAACCGGGAAAAUCCCAAGGGAGCUCACUGGUAUUUCCAGCUUGAAAGUUGUAGAUGUCUCAAGCAACAACUUGUGUGGAACAAUUCCUACUACGGGUUCAUUUGAGCACAUCCCAUUAAACAACUUCGAGAACAAUCCUCGACUGGAAGGUCCAGAGUUGCAGGGUCUUGCGAGUUACGAUACAAAUUGCUCAUGAAAAAACGGGUGAUCAGGUGCAGCAACUUGCAACUGUUCCCUCAGUGUUAAUUUGGUGUUUUUAUUCCCUAAAAAUGUUGGUGUUUUGUUGUUCUAAAAAGUUGUUCUGAGUCUGGAGAUUCUAGUCCUUGAUGAAAUGUAUUAUUGGGCUCUAGGGUUGUGAACACAGUUUAUCAAGAUAUAAUUAUCUGUAAAAUUGUUACACUGUCAUCAACUGUAACUGUACUUUUGGGUAAUGUAAGUGUAGGUAUAUGUACUGAAAUACGAUGAUGGAUAACAUGAGAUAUGUUAUUGAAAAUGAUUGAGGACU